AUCAGUUGAUAAACUGAGUUGUUUCAUCAUUCGCACGUACAAAUUCGCGCGUUCACAGUUCGCAAAAUAAGUGGCACUUAGAAAAAGAAUUUGGAAAAAUAAAAACGUAAAAAAAAAUAUUGUGAUAAGUAGUUUACGUUUAAAUUUUUAAUUAACAAGAACAAUAAGAUUAAUACGAACCUCAACGCAACAUAAGAAUGCUCUCGCUAUAAUUAUUAUAAAUACAAAAAAAUCAAUUGAGAAGAAAACAUGGCGGAAACAAUACAGUCAGCUCCAGUCCAAAAGGAAGACCCUUGGGCGAGUUUGAUUGGACAUUUCGGCAAAUGGCAGUUGCUGGUGAUAGCCAGUGUGUCGCUCGUGAAGCUGUCGUCGGGCUGGGUGCAGAUGGCCAUCAUCUUCCUGACGCCGAACCUGGUGUUCUGGUGCCAGGACUUCGGCGACAACUCGAGCCGCGUGGGAGAGAACGGCACGUGCUACGCGCAGUGCGCGCGCUACGCGUACGACAGCGCGCCGUUCCAGAACACGAUCAUCACGCAGUGGGCGCUGGUCUGCGAGCGCACGUGGAUGGCGAGCUUCGCGCAGAUGGUGCUGCAGCUGGGCGUGCUGCUCGGCAGCGUCAUGUUCGGCUUCCUCUCCGACAGAUACGGCAGAAAGAAUACGUUCCUUGGAUCAAUUACUGCAGUCAUCGCAGUAGGAUUCGCUGUCCCGUUCGCACCAAACUACCCAAGCUUCAUAGUCCUCAGAUUCUUCUCAGGGGUCGCAACCGCUGGGACUAUGGUCAUCUCUUUCGUCAUAGUUAUGGAAACCGCUGGAAUGAAGUACAGAGAAAUGUGUGGUUGUCUCUUUCAACUCCCUUUUAUUGUGGGGCACAUAACGAUACCGAUUUUCGCAUACUACUACAGAAGUUGGAACACGUAUAGUUUGGCGAUGGCGGUGCCUCCGCUGAUAUAUCUGGGGUACUUCUUCGUGUUGUCAGAGUCCCCGCGAUGGUUGGUGAGCGUCGGCAAGGUAGAGGAAGCGACCAAGAUUGUAAGCAGAGCCGCGGAAAUGAAUGGCCUUCCAACAACCAACAUCCAGGGAACGCUAAAGAAGAUGUCCGAAGACAUUAGAGACAAGUCUGCCGCUGCCAAGCCGAACUAUAGCCAUCUGUUCAAAGCUGGGCUUCGGGUUAAAACAAUGAGUUCUUGCGCCAUUUGGAUGAUCGCUGGGUUGACGUACUUCGGGUUCAACCAAUACGUGAGCCAGACCAGUAAGGAUCCGUUCAUUACAGUCGCUGCCGUUGGGUUUAUUCAGGCCCCAGCGGUGUUUGCCUCAGUGAUGCUGCUAAAAAUCUUCGGUCGCAAGAAAGUUUGCAUCACAUUCUACACACUGGGCGGCGUGUGUGUACUCGCCUUAGGUUUCGUGCCCAAGGUCUUCUGGAUGACCUUGACUUUGGGCUGCAUUGGAGCUAUAUGCGUGACGAUUACCACCACCAGUCUGCAUAUUUACACAUCGGAGUUAUUCCCGACGGUGGUGCGUAACAUGGGGAUGGGAGCAUGUUCGACGAGCAUGCGCGUGGGUUCAAUGAUCGCGCCGUUCGUGGCGGAUUUGUCAAAGACGGCGCCGUGGAUGCCGACCGUCGUGUUCGGGCUGGCGCCGCUGGUGGGCGCGCUGGUGUGUCUGCUGCUGCCCGAGACCAAGGGCACCGCGCUGCCUGACAGCAUCAGAGACGUUGAGGACAGCGCCUAAUGCUGGAUAUAGACUAACUGCACCGAGUCCUCGUCUGCGCGGUACAGAUAAGCCGACUAAAGACCAAAUGUGACGAGUUCGUUUACGCGGUACAGAUAAGACGACAUGAAUGAAUGAGUGAAUGAAUAAAUGAAGAGUGCGCUUGCCAUUCAUCAUGGUAUUAAAGAUGUUAGACCGAUACCAAAACUAUCCUUAUACAAACCUCAUUGAAUUCUCGUCUGCACGGUAUAGAGUGCCGGGUAUAACGUUAUGAAUUACCUUCAUUUAACUUCACAACAUAUUUGAAUGCUUUUUUAACGGACGUUAAAUAACUCUCGUGUGAAUGAGGGCUAAUAGAUGUUAGACAGUGACAAUAAUUCAAAGACAAACCGCGUCGAAUGCUCGUCUCUACUACGGCUCAGGGUUGUAGGAUAUGACGACAUGAAUGAAUAAAAUUAAUGAAUUAAUGAAGACUAUAUCUAUAAGAUGGUGUUAUGCGUGUAACCAAUGAUUAUUUUAUACUAAAGAUAUAUUACGUGCCUACAAAAUCACCGCAAAAGUGAUCUGAAUUUAGCGACUCCAAUGAGCGCACACAUGCACAAUUUUGUGUUUAAUUACUUUAUAUAUAUGUCUAUAUAUAAUUUUUACACUUCUUAAACACAACUCGACAUUUUAAACAAUAUUAUGUGUUUAAGUAUUAUGUGUUUAAAUAACUUUCGUUGUUCAAUAAGCGACUAAAUGAAAUUAAGACAAUUAUUCACAUUAUUGUCCGUCUCAGUUUUGAUGCGCCAGUGCCCUAUCUAUAGUAUAAAUAUCGUUGCGUGUAGCCAGCAAAUGAGAGAGAUUGAACGAGACGAAGUGGACACACACACUGUCGAGUUAUAAAAGCAAUGUUACAGAAUAACGCUACUGAAUACGAAUCUCUCGCAUAAAGUCUCUCUUUCCUACCUAAAAACUGUGGAGCGGGUACAGUCAACAAUAGUUCAAUGGUCGGGCAUCAAACCCAUGGCCUUACGGUGAUGAGACUUGCACCUGCGGAGCUAUUAGCAAUUAUUAUUUUAUAAUGUUUAAAUACCUACAUAAGCUGAUGAUACUUAUUUGACGUUUACUUACUUGACUUGUAUUUAAAUAAUUAGGAAUAUUUAUAGUUAUUUAAAUCAAUACACAAACAUAUUGUAAAUGAGAAUGUAAUCACUUAAUUUUGUUGUUCAUUAAAAUUAUAACAUUUUGAGUUUAA